CUUUUUUCGUUUGUUCUUUUUUCUUCUCUAACUUUGUUCGUAAUAAGUUCAAAAUUUUGUUUACUUUGCAAUUGCAAAGAAACUUCUCAUUACAUUCCUUCACCAUAAGCUUUGCCACUCCUCUAUAAAAGGUUCCGUAAAAUGCUUAAACAGACACAUCUCUUUGAAUCUGUAUUUUGAAACCACUCAUGGCUGCAUCUACUUCUUCUUCUUCUUCAUCAUCAUCUUCUUCUUUAUCUUCUCCUUCACCUUGCACAUGGAGAUACAUGACUUUCACGAGCUUCCAUGGACCAGAUGUCCGCAACACAUUUCUUAGUCAUUUGAGGAAACAGUUUAACACCAAUGGAAUUACGAUGUUUGAUGAUCAAAGGAUGGAGAGAAGCCAAACCCUUGCCCCUACUCUCACGCAGGCGAUUAGAGAAUCGAAGAUCUACAUCGUCUUGCUCUCGAAGAACUAUGCUUCAUCGAGCUGGUGUCUUGAUGAGCUAUUGGAGAUUUUAAACUGCAAAGAAAAAAGAGGACAGAGAGUGAUGACAAUCUUCUACGGCGUAAAUCCAUCUGAUGUGCGGAAACAAACCGGAGAAUUUGGAAUCGCUUUCAACGAAACUUGUGCUCGUAAAACAGAGGAGGAGAGGAGAAAAUGGAGCCACGCUUUGACCUGUGUGGGCAACAUAACCGGAGUACACGUCCAAGACAGGGACGAUGAGGCAAACAUGAUCGAGAAAAUUGCAACUGAUGUCUCAGAAAAACUGAAUGCUACAGAGUCAAAGGAUUUUGAUGAAAUGGUGGGAAUUAAAGCUCAUUUGACGAAAAUUGAGUCUUUGCUAUCUUUAGAUUAUGAUAAAGUUAAGAUCGUUGGGAUCUCCGGUCCUGCAGGCAUUGGUAAGAGUACCAUUGCCAGAGCCUUACAUAACCUACUCUCUAGCAGUUUUCAUCUUAGUUGUUUUAUGGAAAACCUUAUUAGCCAAAGCAACCCCCAUAGUUCUCUAGAGUAUAGUUCGAAAUUGAGUUUACAAGAGCAACUUCUCUCACAAGUUUUGAACGAAAAGGACAUUAGGAUACGCCAUUUAGGUGCGAUACAAGAAAGGCUACACGACCAGAGGGUUCUUAUCAUUCUUGAUGACGUGACGAGUCUAGAGCAACUAGAGGUUUUGGCUAAUAUCAAGUGGUAUGGUCCUGGAAGUAGGAUCAUAGUAAUCACUAAAAAGAAAGAUAUUUUGGUGCAACAUGGUAUCUGUGAUAUAUACCAUGUGGGUUUUCCAACAGAUGCAGAUGCUCUAAAGAUCUUUUGUCUAUCUGCUUAUAGACAAACCUCUCCACCUGAUGGAUCUAUGAAAAUUCAUGAGUGUGAAAUGUUUAUAAAAAUUUGUGGCAAUCUUCCAUUGCAUCUACAUGUUUUGGGGUCGGCGCUUCGGGGAAGGAGUUAUGGCAGAGUGCAGAGUUUGUGUAAUCUAGUGUCUCUGGCUGAUUUUGUAUAAAGCAAGACUCUAUUUUAUGUACUACUUAUUGCAAUGCUCUCUUUUUGAUAAUUUUUUCAUACACCCUUCUAUAUUCUUUUCGUUGUUUGUAGUGUUGUAAUUUGUAAACUUUCUUUAUUAUGAACAUAAACAUCUAUGUAAAAAGACUACAAUUUAGAACUUGUCUAUUAUGAAUAAAUUGUGUUUAGUG